UGUUAACGAAAUUCCUAUUCAACUAUUCGACCGAUGUUUAGAGAGUUACAUAGACGGCGUACGCUGUGGCAUUCGCGUGACAGUCACGUUCGUCACGUUUACGCUCAUUUGUCGCGGCAUUAUUAGUUUAGCUCUUGUUUUCUCAACAAUCAUCACGAAGACGAAUAGGCCGAAUUAACGAUGAGCACGUUUACAGCGGUCGGGCCUGACGACGAGCUCCUCUCGGACGUAGUGCCGUCCAACAUCGUGUCUAGACAGCCUUCUACUGGUGCAGAUGGCGAAUCCGAAGCUGACUUCGAUGAUGAUGAGCUGGCCUCUGAGCCAGAUGAACCCGUACCUUCCAAAGGCAAGGGCAAAUCUAAAGCUAAGGGAAGGAAAUCUACCGGAGGUGGACGAAAAGGCGCCUCAAAAGCUGCUGAACACCAACUCGCCGAUCAACGUGUGGAGAUGGACAAAGCUAAAGAGGCCGACGCAGUGAAGCGGUACUCCUACCUUCUCGGCCAGACGGAACUGUUCAAACAUUUUGUUGAUAUCAAACGAGCGAGAGAUUCAGAAUACGCUGCCUUACUCGAUGCCCAGCAGGGAAAAGGGAACGGGAAGAAGAAGGGAAAGAACGGGAAAGCUGGGAAUGGCGGUGCACGUCAUCGUAAGUCAGAGAAGGAGGAAGAUGAGGAACUGCUCAAAGAUGGGGAGAAGGAGCUUGGUGGCGCAGAAGACAUGCCUAUGGUCUUUGAGGAGAGUCCUUCGUACAUCGAGGGCACAAUGAGGCCGUAUCAACUGCAAGGGUUAAAUUGGAUGAUUUCGUUGCAUCAUAAUGGCUUGAAUGGAAUUUUGGCUGAUGAAAUGGGUCUCGGAAAAACCCUCCAAACGAUUUCCUUCCUCGGAUACCUUUAUCACCACCUUUCUACCCCCGGUCCCCACCUCAUCAUUGUUCCGAAGUCCACAUUGCAAAACUGGGCACGAGAAUUUGCUCAAUGGACUCCAUUCUUCCGUGUGGUCAUACUCACCGGUUCCAAAGACGAACGACAAAGCAUAAUUCAAGAUCAGCUCCUCGCUUUUUCCCAAGGAGAAGAACAAGAUGGUAGCCUCGCUCUCCCCUUUGACGUCCUCAUCACCUCAUAUGAAAUCUGCCUCAUUGAGCGUUCAACGUUGAAGAAAUUCUCAUUCCAGUACAUCGUCAUCGACGAAGCCCAUCGAAUAAAAAACUCUUCCUCACUUCUUUCUCAGAUUGUCCGAGCAUUUGCAUCUAGGGGAAGGUUACUCAUCACAGGAACACCCUUGCAGAACUCGUUAGAGGAACUGUGGGCACUAUUGAAUUUCAUUGCCCCCGAAAUUUUUGUUAGCUUUUCGGAUCUAGACUCAUUCUUGAACAAGGACGAUGCUCCUACUGCCGCCACAAUCACAACCGCGGACACGAUUGUGAACAAUGCAUCUGAAAAAGACCCUGCCGCGAUGGAGGUUGAUGGCACUGAAGUUGAGCAGAAACCAAAUGAAGGAGAAAACCAAAGCGUAGCUCAGGGAAAGCAAAAGGAGCAAACAGACCAAGAAAAGAAAUCCCAAAAAGUUGUUGAAGCAUUGCACAAGAUUUUGAGGCCAUUCUUGUUGAGGAGAGUGAAAGCGGAUGUGGAGAAGGGUUUGCUACCCAAAAAGGAAAUCAACAUCUAUGUGCCCCUUACUCCGAUGCAGCGCCGCUGGUACCGCUCAGUCCUCGAAAAAGACAUUGACGCUGUGAAUGGUUUGACUGGAAAGAAGGAAGGGAAAACACGCUUGAUGAAUUUGGUUAUGCAGCUCCGCAAAGUAACCUGCCACCCUUACUUAUUUGACGGUGCAGAGCCUGGGCCUCCCUACACCACCGAUGAGCAUCUCAUAGAAAACAGUGGCAAGAUGGUGAUCUUAGACAGACUAUUGGUAAAAAUGAAGGCGAAAGGAUCGCGUGUACUCAUUUUCUCUCAAAUGAGUCGAGUGUUGGACAUUUUGGAGGAUUAUUGCCUUUUUAGGGGAUUUAAAUACAACCGGAUCGACGGUGGAACCGCACAUGAAGAUCGAAUUGUGGCCAUCGACGAGUAUAAUGCCCCCGGCUCAGAAAAAUUCAUAUUCCUCCUGACGACUAGGGCAGGUGGAUUGGGAAUCAACUUGACCACAGCAGAUAUAGUGGUGUUGUAUGAUAGUGACUGGAAUCCACAAGCAGAUCUUCAAGCUAUGGAUCGUGCUCAUCGUAUAGGGCAAACGAAGCAAGUUUAUGUCUACCGCUUCAUCACCGAAGGGUCAGUUGAAGAGAGAAUGUUGGAGAGGGCUGCCCAGAAACUUCGGCUGGAUCAGUUGGUCAUCCAACAAGGCAGAGGUGGACCCUCCGGCGCGGCUCAGACAAACAAGGCAGCAAACAAGGACGAACUCUUAGAAAUGAUCACACAUGGCGCGGAGAAGAUCAUUCACGGCGGAGACAACGGUGAUUCUGACGACCUGGACAUUGAUGCCAUUAUCGCAAAGGGAGAGGAACGGACGUCUGAACUGAACUCAAAGUAUGAAGGUCUGAAUUUGGAGGAUUUGAGUAAUUUCAAGAGCGAUGCGAGUGUGCAGCAAUGGGAAGGAGAGGAUUUCCGAAGUGGGCGCAAAGCUCUCAAUUUCAACCUUCUGUCCCUCUCCAAGCGGGAGCGCAAAUCCAACUACUCCGUGGAUAACUACUUCAAAGACACAUUACGAGCAGGUCCGAGCAAAAUAGAGAAAGGUCCCAAAUUGCCCAAAGCACCGAAACAAGUCACUAUUCAAGACUUUCAAUUCUUCCCACCGGAGCUGUCUGUGCUACAAGAGCGCGAACUUGCUGUGCACAAACGUCUCAAUGGAAUUCCUGCCACGGUCAGAGAACCCACCGCUGAAGAUACUGCAGAUACGCUGGCAGAACUAGAGAUCGAGAGGCAACAGGAGCAGGAGUUCAUUGACACUGCGGAGCCUCUUGUCGACUCGGAAAUUGCGCUCAAGGAAUCUUACCUCGAACACGGCUUUCCAAAUUGGAGUAGGAGGGAUUUCCAGCAGUUCGUGAAGGGGUUAGAAGCAUAUGGCUGGGAUCAACCUGCGGAGGUGUACGCAGCCGACAUUCAAGAGAAGACCGCGGAAGAGGUUGAGAAAUAUUACAAAACGUUUAAGAGGAAAUGGAAGACACUGAGCGAAUAUCCUCGUAUUGAAGUCCGAAUCGCUGAAGGAAUUGCCAAACGUAACAAGCGCUCCAAUCUAGAGUUCCUCCUCGACCAAAAGAUAAACUCUGUACGGUAUCCUAUGCAAGAACUUGAGCUGAACUACCCGACUACGAAGGGAAAGGUGUAUUCAGAGGAGGAGGACCGGUACCUCUUGUGUCGACUGUACCAUUAUGGGUUGAACUCCUCCGGCUCAUCGGCUAGUACCAACGGAGCGGGGGCGGGUAGUGGGGGCGCAGGACUUGGCGGGAUUGGCGACGCUGAAAUCUACGAGAAGAUUAAACGAGAUAUAUCUGAAUUUCCCGUCUUCCGGUUCGACUGGUUCUUCAAAUCACGUAGCGCGGCGGAGCUAGGAAGGAGAUGUAAUACCUUAUUGGCGAUGAUUGAACGGGAGGCAGAAGCAGAGGAGAAGGUUCGACAAGAGGAAGAACAAAAGAAAAGUGGUUCUAAAAGCAAAAAACGCGGCGCGGAUGAAAUUGUAAAAAAUGAAAUAGCAUCUUCGAGGCCUGCAACACCGAGUGGGUCUGUAACGUCGGCUUCAGCGGCAAAAAGGCCUGCGAAGAAAAAGAAGACAUAGAGUUCAAAUUAUGCUUUUAGUAUAUCGUAAAUCGCCCUGUAAUACCUCCAGAGUACAUAAUUUAUUUGAUUCAUUCA